GCUGGUUAUCAGCAUACUCUGUCAAGACUUUGAUUAGUCCACUAAACGCGUGACGUCGGCACCGAACAGCCAAUAGCGUUCAACAUGGGGGCAUGGUGUGCAUACUUCCGGUAGAAGAUCAAGAAAUUAUUAUACGGAAAUCUGAGGAAUUUACCCCUACACUAACCCCAAAAAGCAACACCGUCGCGGCUGACAAAGCUGGGGAAUAUUACUGAUUGUGUAAAUGUGUAAAUUGACUUUUAUAGGCUCUCAAUGAGAAUAAACGGAUUGAAAACUUAUAACCCAAACAUCUUUCAUGUCAUUUCAUUUAAUAUAAAUGUAAACUGUUUUAUUUAAAUGUUUCUCUGCGAAGUGCUCUUCUUACAGUUUGCGCUGGGGAGUUGAAUUAGUUGUGUCACUUAGAUGUCGCUUUGCUCACAGCUGAUUGGUCCAUGCCGGGUGUGGGUUCUCUUACCCAGAACAUAACCUGCCCCGGAGCAGGUAAGGCUUGGAGUGUAAGUUACUAUGGCGAUGAACACUGGUCAAAGCUGAGCCACUUUCAUGGUACCUUAAACCCAGGGUUGGCACGAACUAAACUGAAACUUACCUGGCUAACCACCUAAACCAGCUUCAUUGUACAGGCCCCAGGAUACUAUAGACUUGUACCUUAGAGCUGCUGUUGUAAUCAUAAACACUGUCCUGUGCUUCCCGCAAUUAAGGGCUCAUUAUAUGCUCAUCCUAUCGACACAUUUAGUUCUGUUUGCCUUUGUUUUUUAUACAACUGUGGAAGAGAAAUUAUUUAGAAUCCCAUUAUCGGGUGUCUCGCAGAAGAGGUUCCUCUUGAGUCUGGGUUCUCUUAAGGUCUCAGGGUGCUUUUCCUUUCUAUUGUCAUCUCUGGCUUGAUCAUUAGGAAUUUAAAUCUACAUCUGGAUUUCUGUAAUGCUGCUUUGUGAGAAUAUCUGCUGUUAAAAGUGAUAUACAAAUAGAACUGAAUUGGAUUGAAUUCAUGAGACAUUUACAUUUAUUCAUUUAGCACACGCUUUUAUCCAAAGCAACGUACACAUGAGGAAAUGAGGAAGACAAAAAAGAAAGGGCAAAAAUCAGCGGAAAGGGAACACAGAUCAUUAGCUAUGAUUAUGUCAUGAACCCACACGUUAUUAGAUAUAGCUUACGGUGCAGUCUGUAAAUUCCAAAGGUCAUUUGCUAGAGAAGUACAAACAGUAUUGUUCAUUGAACACUUAUGUAAGUACCAUACUUUUAAGUUAAACAAAUUACAAGUUGUAAUAAAUUGUAUGCUAAGAGUAAACCUUAAUUUCCAUUUCUGCUAUAGCUGCCUUAAAUAGCGAGUAUGAAUACUGUAUCCAGAGAUGCCAAGAUUGUGGUGGUGGGUGCAGGAUUUGCAGGUUUGGCUGCAGCAGCCUGUUUGGUCCAGGCUGGAUUUCAGAAUGUCAAGAUCCUUGAGGCUAAAGAGCGAGUAGGAGGAAGAGUUUGCACUACUAAACCAUUUACAGAGAACAUUAUUGAACUUGGUGCUAACUGGAUCCAUGGACAGGAUGGAAAUCCUCUCUACCAAUUAGCCAAAGAGCAAGACUUGCUGGUUGAGGGUAUAGCAGCAAACAAGAUGAUGUGCGAGCCCCACUCUGUUAGUCCACGUGAUUACUUUUUCAUGGAAGGUGGGAAACAGCUUUCAACUAACACUGUUGAUCAGGUGUGUCUCCUGUUCAAUAAACUAACCUCGAAAGCCUUUGAGUCCGAUCUGGAGGAGGAACAUAGAGCCCUAAGUUUGGGGGAUUAUCUCGAUGCGUCCUUUGCUGAAUCACCUUUAGCUACCUCAAAAUAUGGAUCAAAAAUUUUUGAAUGGUGCAAGAGAAUUGAAUGCACAGAUGAGGCUGCUUCAUCUCUAUAUGAAGUGUCUGCAUCUCAGAUUGGUUAUUACAUUGCUCUUGAGGGAAGCUUUUUUAACUCCCUUGGUCCUGGUGGUUAUCAAGCAAUUUUAGACAUUCUUCUGAAAGCCCUGCCUUCAGGAACUAUUCUGAGCAAUACAGCAGUGAAGAGCAUCCAGUGGGACUCUCAGGGGAACAAGGCCAAAGAAGAGAAGCAUCCUGUAAGAGUGAUCUGUGAAAAUGAUCAGAUCAUUCAAGCUGACCAUGUGAUUGUGACUGUAUCUCUGGGGGUUUUAAAACAACAAGCAAGAACCAUGUUUGAACCUGACCUACCAAAAUCAAAGCUGGACGCUAUUGAGAGACUCGGCUUCGGUACGGUGGACAAGAUCUUCCUGUGUUUCAGUGAGCGAUUUUGGCCAGAAGACUGUGAAGGAAUCCAACUUGUUUGGGACGAGGGACCUGAAGAUAAGGCAGUCUAUAGCAGUCAAGACGAAGAAGAUGCCUGGAAAAUGACAUGGUUUAAAAAGAUCUGCGGUUUUGAUACUGUGGCCCGUCACCCUACAGUGCUCUGCGGCUGGAUCACAGGCAGAGAGGCUCUUCAUAUGGAGACCCUGCAGGACAGUGAGGUUGGAGAUAUCUGUGUAAGAUUGCUCAGUUCCUUCACUGGCUGGCCUGUUCCUGAUGUCUACCAAGUUCUGAUCUCUAGGUGGGGUCACGACCCUCAUGUACUAGGCUCCUAUACAUUCAUUCCUCACUGGGUGAACGGGGUGAAAGAGCAUGAGGCACUAGCAGCACCUCUUCCUUCUUGUAGUCGAGUCCCAGAGAGCAAGCCUCUGCAGGUGCUGUUUGCAGGUGAAGCAACUCAUGUGAACUUCUACACCACCACCCAUGGAGCCUAUCUGUCAGGGGUCAGGGAAGCACAGAGACUCAUUCACCACUACUCUCAUUAAGUGCUCUAUCCAUAGGACCAACAGUAAUGCAGUGUUUUCCUUCCUGAUGAAGAUAUUGUAAAUUUGAAAUAAACUGAGUUAUAUUUGAACCAAA